AUGUUAUUAGCAUUGGACCCCCCUAACCAUAUCAGCAAGGACAUCAAGCCGCCUCAUGACUAUCAUUUCUAUCACAAACCGACACCUUCACGAUAUUCCCCGCCAGAGUCGCCUCGCAAUCUUCCCUCAUUCUUUGAGGAGUCGAGGAUGAACAACUCUCACCGAGGGUUGCCGCCAUUGCCCGCUGGUCUUCCUGGUAGUCUCAACCUUCCUCAUCCAGAACGAGGACACGCGACCGCUCCCCCUCCACUCGGCCAUCUACCGGCCCCUCCUUCCCAGUGGGCGGGUCAGGAUGAGUCGAUGCGGAGUUGGCUGCACGCAAAGGCGGAAGAGGAUCGUCGAAAGCAAGAGGAGGAGAAGACCCGGCAGGAGGGUCUUCGGCUGGACCAGCGACGCAUCGAGCAGGAUAUGCUGAGAGAAUCUCUGCAAGGAGGGAUUCCCCCUCCGAUGGUACCUCUGAUCUUCGCGGGUAUUGGAGGAGGGAACCUCCCUGGGCAUACACUGGAAUGGGCCCAGCAAUAUCUGGCAAGCUUGUCGAUCCAGAACCAGCAGCAACAGCAACAGAUUCAAGCGCAACAGCAGCUACACCAGCAACAAAUCCAGCAGCAACAGCAGCAGACGUCCCCAGAUACGCACCGGGACAGCCGGAUGAUCCCUGCGAAUCCAUACGGAGUGCAUCAGUCGCUACAACCACCUCAAUCAGCCCAACCUUCUGCUGCGGCGCCAUCGAACCAAGGAAGAGGGUCUAUAUCAGGUGCCACAGGUGCUUCUGCUCCGCUCUCACGGCUGAAUACGACAGAGUUCAUUCCCAGCUCGGCCACAAGUCAGACAAGUCGACAGCAACUACCUCCAUUACAGCAGGCGCAGACUGCGUCCUCUGAGCAAUCCUCUGGCCCCGGUCUAUUCUUCCAUCACUGGACCCCACCGAACCCUACCACCGCUUCCGCAGGAAACCAGCCUCCGACUCCGUCCGGCAAGAGCGCGCAUGGCUCGCCCUUUUCGCAGCACGCAGGGUCGCAUCUCAGAGCAGACUACCAGAACUCCCCAAAGAAACGCAAAGCAUUGGGCGGGCACGGCGUCCCCAUACCACCUACAUCUCAACCCUCUGACCCGGCCCAGCCGAUGUCGUCCCGCUCGUCUCGGGAGAGAGAAAUGAGCCCGAGCCAUCGUCACAGAGCAACGCGGCAUUCGCGGCAGAACAGCGAUGCGUCGUCCCGCGAACAAGAGGUGGGCGGUCGGAACGUUGCCCGGCCGAGCAGUCGCCAACGACGGAAUGAGCUCAGCGGUGGAGCGGGGCCUGACCCAAGAAGGCAGUUCACGGGGUCGUCGACGAGUGGAUCGAGCGAAGACAAUCCACUUCGGUAUGAGGGGUCACAUGCUGAAACGCGGUAG